AGAGCCACCGAGAGAGGCUCCGGGCACCAGCAGCAGUCCUGAGAGGCAAAAACUGACUUAUCUGCGCUAGAAAAGCUGAGCCUGCAGCUCCGUGCUUGGAUUAUAAGCCGUUUCUCUUCUAAACGCUGCUGGAGGCGAGCACGACUACGUGGAGCGACGAGGAUGGGUGAGGAUUGAGUCGAGUUGUGCUGGAAGUGCUGCCAGCCUCACGGGAUGAAAAUGUGAAGUAGCCCGCACGCAAAUACGCUGAAGCUACGCGUAUGUUUUACUACGAGCGUGUGAGAAAAGAUGCAGCGAGGAGAAAUCAAUAGAGCAGAAGUGCUGGAAAGUAGGUGAGGACGUUGUGCACUUCAGAAGCCAUCGCAUUGACUGGACUGGAGCCGGCUGCUUUUUCAACCUGGAGACUCCUCGGGCUGUCCAACAUGCUCAUGUUACAGAAAACACAACAGUGUGACAUUUUAUGUGGCAUGGUUUUCGUUUUUCAUAGGUUAGCAUCAUAACUAUGUUAUCAUUUGUGGGACCAGUGCCUGGAAAUCUGGAUUACUUAUUGAUUAAUAGCAUUGGUUUCUCUUCUGACUGAAUCCCAUGGCUUCUGACACCUGCUUACAUUUGUGCAAUCCGUAUCUGCUGGAAAUGAAUAUUGCACAAAAUCAUAUGUGUCCUAUGUGGGUCUGAGGGACAAUGAACCUUUCAGCAAUGAAGCCAUCAUCACUGACCAGCAAGUUUGUAGCUGUUUAAAGGAAUACUGGGAAAUAUUCACAUCCUUUUUACAUUCUUCACAGAGAGUUUCUCUAAGUACUGACAGUCACCAGCACCACUGGGCAUCGUUUUUUUACUCAAGAGGUGGAUGCUGUGUGGCCCCGGCAUGCUGAAGGGCCGCUGCUGUGUUCUUUUCAGUGACCUGAAGGUGCUGCUGCUCAGGCCACAGGCCUCUCAGGUCCCGCAGGCUCAACAAGCUCCACAGGCUCCACAGGCGCCUCCUGUGCUCAGCCCCAUGAGCGGACCGCCGGCCACACGCCGUGAAAGCGAAGGCAACCCGUGCUCAUGUGCAGCCAACAACAACAACACCAGCUUUCGGCUCCAGCACUGGAGCGCCCCCUCAACAGAGGGUGCAGUGGGGCCGGAUGCGCAAAGGGCCACAGCGGCCGAGGAGUUCUCCAAAGACAAACGGGACGAGCGCUUCUCCUUCAUCAGUUAUGCUGAGGGCACACCGGUGUGCAGGAUAUGCUUCCAGGGACCAGAGCAGGGAGAGCUGCUAAGUCCAUGUCGCUGUAGCGGCUCGGUGCGCAGUACCCACCAGCCUUGUCUCAUUAAGUGGAUCAGUGAGAGAGGCUCCUGGACGUGCGAGCUCUGCUACUAUAAGUACCAGGUCAUCGCCAUCAGCACCAAGAACCCCCUGCAGUGGCAGGCCAUCUCCUUAACAGUAAUAGAGAAGGUCCAGAUCGCAGCAGCCAUCUUGGGCUCACUCUUCCUCAUAGCCAGCAUAUCCUGGCUGGUGUGGUCUUCUUUCAGCCCCUCGGCCAAGUGGCAGCGGCAGGACCUGCUCUUCCAGAUCUGCUACGGCAUGUACGGCUUCAUGGAUGUGGUCUGCAUCGCUCUGAUUGUCCACGAGGGCCCUUCUGUGUUCCGCAUAUUCCAUCGCUGGCAGGCGGUGAAUCAGAAGUGGAAAGUGCUGAACUAUGAUAAGAAGAGGGACAGUGAAGAGUUGAAGGCCAGCGAAAGUGAGUGGACACUCUCUCUGCUGCAGCAGCAGGAGCAGGCUGGAGCCGCCAUAUCACCCUCCACCUCCUCUCUAAUGGCCGCCGCAGCCGCGGCGUCCCCUGAAACACCGAAUGCCAUGGCAUCACACACCGACUCUACACAUAACCAUGGCAAUGGGGCAGCUAUGACUGACCAUCACUGUCCUUACAACUUCCUCCAUCUCCUGAGCCACCUUCGGCCCCUCGAGCUGCGCAGCCAGCCCAGCAAUACCAGCAACAGCAGCCACCAGCCCAGAGAACUGGUCAUGAGAGUAACCACUGUGUGAGCAAAGCGGGACCAAAGGCCUUAUCAUUGCAGACUCUGACAGUCAAAAAAAGCACAAACAGGUGAUCGUUUUCUUCAUAUAAACAGGAGGCCUUGUCCAAAAUGGAACAAAUGCACAGUGCUGUUCCUGUGUGGAGUGCAUAUUUUGUUGGGUUGAAAUGGGCCUGCUCAGGGCUUUGGACGCUGUGUCCCAUCUAACUGAAGAGCAGAACAUGAAUUGGUAUAAUAGAGGGGAUGACAUAGUGGGAUACUUUUGUUGUGGUACUGGAGAGUGAAAAAACAAAUUUCUUAUGUACAAUACUGUACAAAAGUCAGAGACCACCCUUCAUUCACAAAUUUUCCAGUCAAAACUGCCAUUAAGUACAAGUUAUUAUUUUUUUAGGGAAUAUUUCUGAGGAGAUUAAGUUGAAGAUAAUCCACUUGCAAAAGGAAGGGGCAAGUCAAAGAAUAAUAAGUGACAGGAGUUUCUAAAAGUGGAGUUCAGAAACAUAUUAAAAGGUACAGAAAAAUAGGACUCCUAACAACCACGCAAGACCUGGUAGACCACCACAACUGUCCCCAUCAGAUAAAGAGCACUUAAAGCUUUCAUCUUUGAGAGAGAGGAGAAAAUCACUUACUGCAGAUCUGAAAAAAAUCCACAGGGGUUUCUGUCCAUCCUUCUACUGUGAGAAGACAACUCUGUGCUAUGAGUCUGAAAGGAUGUGUAGCUGUCAAGAAGCCCUUUCUGAAAAUGGCUUGGCCAUCCCAGACCUCAACAUCUUUCAAUGUGUUCUCAAUUCCUUGGACGGUGAGAAGCAGAAAAUGCAACCAACUCCUAAGACUAAACUUUGAAAGUGUGGAAAAACAUCCCUGCAGGUUUCUUUAAAAAACUGAAAGGAAGUGUUCUGAAAAGAAUGGAGGUUUAGAUUUUGUUUGGUUCUUUAGGCUUCUGUUUAAUUAUCUGUUAAAUAUACGUUUUGUGCAUUUUGUACAACUCUUGUACUCAAUGGCCAAUGUGACUGGAAAUGUACUUAAUGAAAGAUGGUCUUUGACUUUUGCACAGUACCUUUCUGACACAGCUGUGUCCCUCAAUCAGUCUGUCACACAUUUACUUUCAUGUUUAACUUGCAUUAAACACAUGUUAAACAAGGGUGAGCUCUCCAGGAAAAACAGCAUAGAAAGCAGUCCAUUUGCUGAAGUUACACAGCAGGCAGUCACCUCUGUCUCAUUCACAAAGCACAACCUGGCCAGUAUCUCCUGAAACGCUGAGAGAGCAGGUCUGCAUUGUCAUGUCUCUUCUAUGGACAUUAUGUAUUCUACAAUUCUACAGCAUAACCGUUUUCAGUCGGAAAUUGUUCUCAUAAGCCUUUUCCCAAAGGGCGAGACUAAGAUUUCUGACUCAAUGAAGAGGACUCUUACGCUUCUCAAGUGUUAAAGAAGAAAAAAACAUUGCUGUCUCAGUCAUAUGGGUUUCCAUUAAGUGCUUAUGUCCGACGUUCCCGAUUUUCCACAUUUUACGAUGGUGUUUUUUGAGAUUAUUUUUGUGUUGUUGCCAUUUCACAUCUACUGAAAAGGAAAUAAACUUCGAGUAAGCCAUUGUGAACAUGA